CGUUGGCUCUGGUCGAGUCCGUACGUCUCUUCACCAGUACCGUUAUCUGCGCCAUGCAGCGAUGCACGAUCUCAAACACGCGGUCAAUGUUGACUUUGUGAGAACUGUUUUGAUUAUUUUCUGUGGCUUGUGACUUAGGAUUCUUAUAACAAACUGUGGAGAUGACGAUGAAGUUCAAGAGACUAACUCUUCAUUUACGAACCUUUUUGAUGAUACUGUGGGCUGCCACGGAAGGCGCGGGUUACAGUUGUCCCUACGGCCAGAACUGUUUGUAUGAGCCGGCGCCCCCUGGACGCGCACCCGCCUGCGCUCAACCCGGCCUCACCUACUGCCUGCAUCCGGAUCCAUAUCCAGAGAAAGUGAUCAGGAAACUGGUCGAAGCCGGUCAGUACGACAUCCGGACGUUGCUAUCCGACGAGAGUCGCGAUAACUUCCAAGACAAUAAGAAGACCACUUACCCGUACGGAUACGGCCCCAACUCCUUACCACACGUCGACCAAAUAUCACUCGUCGACGAUGGACACAAAGAUUAUAACACUAAGUACCACAAGUACAACCAAGAUAUAUUUUCUGAGAAGGCUCCUCUCCAGCCUCCCUCGGCCGCAGAUCCAACGCCGUAUGAUAUCAAGGCCUAUCAGGCCGCCAAUUAUUCCAAGUUCGGCUUCCAAGGAUACACAUCACCAACUUUUUGGGAUCCCUCCAUUAACCAGUUCCAAUAUGAGAACAGACGACUGAGAGAGAACGAAAAUGUGAACCUUUACAAUCCGAAUUAUUUCAAUGGCCCGCUCUAUCAAAACUAUGAGUCGAAUUGGUUGAGAGCGUCUAGCGGGGUCACGCAGUACAACCCGAGCGAAUGGUGGAAAUAUAUAUCACCGUCUCGGUCAAACGCCGAGGUGUCCAUCCAGCGCUCGAUCACCUUCCCGACACGAACCACCACGAGCAGACACGCGACACACGCGCGCCGGAAACGGAACACGGAACUUGUGGAGGCUGCGGCGAGACGCACGUUAACAGGGGCUGAGGCGCUCAGGAUCGCUCUGGGAUUGGCUAACGAGGACUCGUCAGCGGAGCGUCCUCGCCGCCAGGCGUCCACGGGUGAGGAGUUAUGCCGAGUCCGCACUCAGUUUAUAAAUCCUCGAGCCGCUCUCAACAACAAAGGCAGCUGGCGCUACGUCGUCAACAUGCCUGAUAACAUGACACAACUAGUGCGAGCUGAGAUAUGCGCGUCAACAGAAUGCAGUGGGUUAUGCACCAUACCUCUUGGCUACACUUCUAGAUGCGAGCAAAAGUAUAUACAAAAACGUUUGGUAGCGUUGGAGUCCAGUGGACAGAACUUGUACACCGACGUGUUCUGGAUCCCGAGCUGCUGCCAAUGUACAAUCAUGAACAAUAACUAAACUUAAAUAACUAUUUGACGAUUUUCGUGUGAUGUUAAUGUAAGAUGUUUGUCAAUUUUAUUACGUCCGAAUAACAGAUGGCGCUUUACACAACGUAGAGUUUUGAGCGAAUUAUGUGUUAAACGAUACAUACUACAUUACUAUUUCGCUCGGUAUUUUAAACAGUCAUGACAUACAAGCUUAGUUUAUUUCAUUAGAGUAUAGACGCAUCCUAAAUGCAAGUAUUAUAAACAUUUAAUUAACAAUAAUAGCAGUAUAAGAUGUAAUUCAAGUAUUAUAUGUAAUAUUAUACGAUUUGUAAAUAGUAGAAAUAUUGAAAAUGGAACUUUGAUGUUGGCUUGUGAAUAUUUUAUUUUUCAACAGAAAUUAAUUAAUAAUAUUUAAUACAGUCGUUGUAAGUAAGUUUAGAACAAUAUAAUAUAGAAUAUGUCCAAUAAUUUACAAUUUUAACCUAUUUAUAAAUACUAUACAUUUAUAUUGGAAGUAUUUUGAUCUCCCGAUUUAUUUUUGUUACAUUUUUCUUUCACCAAACAAUAUUUACGUUGGAGCGUAAAAUGUAUGAAAUGGUAUAAGACCCUAGAUGUUUUAUUUCUUGAUAUUAUUUUGAAUAAAUAUUUUCAAUGUUAUUAAUCUAACUAACUCAUUAAAUGAAUGAUCUGAUACAGUUUACGUAGCAACCCUAGUUUGACUAAUAUAUUUUUUUAUCUUCAACGGCCCUGACUUAAGACACCCGGUUUAUUAAUUUUAUAAUGUUUUAGAACGUAUUUUUAUAAUUUCAUACUUUUGUCUCGCUGAAUAUUUUAUCUGCAAAUUAUGAAAAACACAAUUUUGAAACCUAAUAAAUGUAA